CCAGUUAUCCGUGAACCCUUGAUAAGUGAAAAUUCCUCAUGGCUGCGAAUCUCCAAGAACGUCUCGUCGAUGACUGAACCCGCGACAGUCAUCCGCACACGCUAAACCCGUUAAUUAUUAAUCUUUUCAGGUAGGUCGCUGUUUGUCACAAGCCAUAAUUUGCGUCACUUCCAGAUGUUCGUUGGUCAGAUCUCAGCGAGCGUUGCGCCAUUUAUAGUCGUUAUUAUUGUGCCUCGCGCGAGUGCAAUAUACACACUUGGACGCAAGUGAGAGGAGAAUACGAGGCAACGAGAGGACGUUACGUUGCCGAUAAAAACAGUUGGAGCGAAUUCGGUGGGAACGAAUUGCGGUUGGCAGAUUUGAGGAACGUGACAUUUGUGAUUGACGUGCUCAACGUCCUCGAAGUCGUCCGGACGGCAUGAUACGUCACUCUUCAGCCCCGGGGAGAAGAGCCACAUACAACCACUGAGGGCACACAAUCGAACGUGUUGACAAACUGUAUCCGCCAACGAGAUAACCUUCUUUCGCAAAGAAAACAUACUGUUGCUACUUGUUUGUUCAAAUACUGCGAACAAGAUGUCAUUGAUUGAGGGGAUAGGCGAUGAAGUUACUGACUUUUUCCUCGUCAUGAGCGUGCUCCUGGUGGGAUGGUUCGCCUGGUGCUCGACGAGCAUAGCAGAUCAACCGUUAAUACGCACAGUACUUAUAUUACGUGAUCGGACUCCAGUACGUAUCGCGACAUUGAGGGCCAGCCGCCAAAGUACAAACGAUGCUGAUCAGCCGUCAAAUUUGGAAAGAACAGAAGAGGAAACGAGAGUAUCAACAGUCUCCACCAGCAAUGACAAUGCACAAUCAAACUGUCCAGAUGCCUCCAACAUGAGUACAGAAGAAACCUCUCGAGAAGUCGACACCUUGGCAUUACCUCAGACACCAGAGGAGGUACUUCUCGAAGCUAUGGAUUCAUACAACAAUGAUGAGCCGUCGUUGUUGCAAAGGUCUGUUAAGACAGAAAAUACGGAUGAGGCAAAUGCAAAAGAACAAACCACCUCAGCAGAGUGUACAACAGAAGAAGCAUCUGCGAGCGACAGUAAUGACAUUACCAUAAAACUAAAGUUCAUAAACGACGAUCAGAAACUAGUCACUGGUAGUCUUAAAGAAAUGUUGGGUGAAUUCAAAAGGAGACAUUUUCAAAUGGAGUUGGAGUCGCAUAAGUCGGUGCGAUUGGUGUUCAACGGCCGUGUGUUGCAGCCUGACACUCAGACUUUAGAACAAUGCGGAUUGUUCGACGAGUGCGUAGUUCAUUGUUGGGUGCACCAACCACGACCGACCAGCGCACCAUCGUCUCAAGCAUCCACCUUGGAAAACUCCUCGCCCAUUUAUUUCAAUUCGCAGUCGUUCUCGGAUCUGCCCGCCGGCGCGAGCGUCAGCUCAGUGCGCAACGAAUGGGAUCUGAGUCGAGUCUUGAUAAGCAUCCUGACGAUCGUCCUGGGUUUCGCGUGGUAUUCUCGGUAUCAUUACGCUCAGCUCUUCACCGCGACCACCACGAUCGCCCUCUAUAUACUGACAGCGAUCUUCACUGUCUCUCUGGUCAGCAAUUUCUUUCCCGAUCAGGACAACAUCCGGAACGUCGAAUAAAACGACGACGCUGUGCAGUGUUGUGUGUGUAUGUAUGUGUGUGUACGCGCGUGUAUGUAUGUAUGUAUGUUUAACAGGAUUGUCUGGAUUUGUAUGUAUGUGUUUAACGGAAGCACUUCCUCGGAUAAAACGUACGGUUUAAAUGUUUGUUGUAUGUACACACAGGCUCACACAAAGAGAAUAAAACGAGAAGUAAUGGUGAUGAAUUAACUAGCGAUCUGUUGCCGAGCAUUUGCCUUUAGCGUAAUAUUCUCGAGGACAGAUUUGUCGUUCACUGCUCUUGUGAUUUCCACCGUUCUGGCGAACGUUAGUCUUGAAUCGUAUUUCCACAUGAUAUAUAAGUGUGCUUAAUUAAGGAGACCGUCAGACGUGACGUCUUUUUCCCCGUCGACGCACGUUUCCGCAGAUCGUUGCGGUCUAUUCGGAUAAACUUGUAUCACGGCAUAAUAUACAUGCACAAAAAAGUCAAUCAAUCAAAAUCCGUGCGAUACGAUAGAUACUUUGCUUUACAAUAUAUGCACAAUUGAUCGAUUUUUUUGCCCACGUAAGUUAUGCGACUAGACUGUGCAAAUUCGUCUGGAUUGGCUUGUGUUCGUAUGAACACAUGAUCACAUUGUCACAUGGUGUGACGUUCCUUAGUGGAAAAUCGAGAGAGAGAGAGAGAGGAAAUCCUUUUUGUCUUUAUCUCGCAUUCUGGAGCAAACUUUUCAUGUAUAAACGACGUCAAUAUUUUCCACGGAGAAAUGUUGCGUGGCGUUUUUAUUAUAUGAUAAUAUACAGGUAAUAAGUGAGAGAUAUCUUUUGUGAAUAUGUUUUUCCUUGUAAAAUAUUAUCUUACAAGGAUAACUCUAUUUAUUACUCUAAUUUUAUUCGUUUAAUUAUAAAAAUUAAGUUACGAGAGAAGAUUAUGAGAGAAAAAUCCUCUGGGUAGUUUUAUUUAUUAUUAAUUAAUAUAUAUACGUUUUUUUUUUCUUUAAAUUUUCCAUAGUGUAUGUUGUUUAACAUGUAAUAAAAUGUUAUCAAGUAAUCUGUAUCAAGCAUAUAUAUUACGAUUAUUUGAUUCACGCUGAGUUUAAUCGAAUUACUUCACAACUAUAUAUUUAAGCAUUGCACAAUCAAGCAGUUACAUCUAAUAAAGCGAAAAAAAUUAUAAUUUCUAGUACUCUGGAGAAAAGAGUGCAUUUAAAUAAAUAAAGGAGGAGAAACGAAGAGAGUGAAGGAAGUUUGAAUUAUCUACGACCUAUUUUAUGUGAACUAGGGAUAGUGGCGGUACAUAUUGUUUCUCUGUCAUUUACUGUAUCAUAUAAUUCUAAUUAGAUUUCAAUCAACUACAUGUCAAUUAUUUUAUCCAAUGCCAAUAAACGUCUUAUUUAUUUGA